CUCCUCUACAUACAGCUGAUUGCCUAAGUAUUGCACAUGUGGCAACAGUGCUGAUCGAUCGGAAAGUUGUUUCAUGCUUGCUUUGAGACCUUUGUGGAGAAUGGCAACAGCUGAUACUGUGAAACGAUUGGAACAGAAGGCGAAACAAGCUGAUGAAACAAUCGCAUUUCUCAAAGAUAAAGUUGAUAUUCUAAAGAAGCAUGCAGUAAGUAUUUUGGGGGAUGAAGAGAAAAAACUUGAAGCUGAGAAUGAACAGUUAAAGAAAGACAUUGAGAACAUGAAGCAGAAACUGAUUACCAUGGAGACCAAAAAUGGAUUUAAACAAGUUAAGAUAUCCAAACCAGCCCCAGCAGUGGAAGCUGCACUGUUCAACAAGACAUCUGUACCAACUGACACUGCAGCAACUAAUGAAGCUGCAGCACCCCAGACUGCUGCAGCUAAAGGUGAAGGAAAGAAGAAAGAGAAGAAAAAAGGUCCAAAGCAGCAGGAGAAAGUACCUGAUGUACCGGUUGAUGUCAGUUUUCUUGAUAUGCGUAUUGGGCGCAUCGUGAAUGUCCAGAAACACCCAGAUGCAGAUACUUUAUACAUAGAAGAAAUUGACUGUGGUGAAGAAGCUCCACGGACAGUGGUGUCUGGUCUGGUUAAACAUUAUACAUUGGAGGAGAUGGCUGAUAGAUUGGUGAUUGUAUUGUGUAAUUUAAAACCUGCUAAGAUGCGUGGUGUAUUGAGCCAAGCUAUGGUGAUGUGUGCCAGCUCUCCUGAGAAAGUGGAAUUUAUAAAUCCUCCAGAGGGUAGUGUACCAGGAGACAGAAUCAGUUUUGAGGGGUAUCCAUUGGGAGACUUUCCACCACAAAUGAAUCCCAAGAAGAAAAUAUUUGAGAAAAUACAACCAGAACUUCAUGUCAAUGCUGACAAAGUUGCCACUUAUCAGGGUGUACCUUUUAAAGUGGAAGGCAAAGGUUUAUGCACCUCGUUUUCUAUGACAAAUUCAGGAAUAAAAUAAAUUGAACUUCAGAAUUAUGCCUCAUAUUAGGUUUCUCAAAGGAAUAGAUCACCCAUAUUUGCAUAUUGAAUAAAUUAUCCUUAUUUGCAUAUGAAAAAAUUAUUCGAACUUUCAUUUGCAUAUGAAUAAACUAAUUAAUCUUUCCACAGUGAUUAAAUGAUUCAAUAUUGAAUAUAUUACCAAAAUAUUUUAAUUUGCAUAUGGACUAUUUUACAUUUUGCAAAUUUUACAAAUUUAAUAUGCACUUGUUUUUGAAAAAGAAAUUACCAACAAAGUCAUUAUUUUGUUCAAAAUAAGAGGAAAAAUGAAAUGAAUUUAGCAGUAAAAGAGUUCAACACAACAUUCUGUAAAUGUAUGUGAUUUUUGUCAUUAAAUGAAUUCUUAUAUAAA